AUGGAGAUUUGGGUGUAUAAAUACAAGGCUGAGGCAGGAGGGACAGCAGCUCAGAUUCAACUGGCUCUUCAGACCGAGCAGGAACACUCUCUACAGCUCUACAGCUCUACAGCUAUGGCACCCACUGUUUUUGGACAAGAGAACUAUUCUAAGGAACACAUGACUCCAGCUCAUAAGCUAAGAAAGCCAAUGGUGGAGAAACUGCGCAGAGAUCGCAUCAACACCAGCAUCGAGCAGCUGAAAUCCCUGCUGGGUCCUGAGUUUGUCAGGCAGCAGCCUGACUCUAAGCAAGAGAAGGCAGACAUCUUGGAGAUGGCUGUGUCCUAUCUGAGAAUCUGGCAGAAGCAGAAGCAGCAUCAGCAGACCAGCAUGACUUCUGGCCCGAUGACAGCCAACGAUGGCUACUCUCGAUGCGUGCAGGAGGCCGUCAGCUUCCUGUCCCACUGCAACGUCCAGACUCAGGCCCACAGACGGCUCCUCGGCCACUUCCAGGGUCUGCAGGCGUCCAGCAUGCCCUCUACCCUCUCCCCUCCAGGCUCCCCACUCCAUCAGGUCAGCUCCAGUAAAGGCCAGAGCCAGGCCGGUGGAGCUCUGUGGAGGCCGUGGUAGGAAGGAGGCACAAUCAUCUCCACAGAGAUAAAGAGAACUACGUCUGUGAACGUCAUGGACAGACAGUUAGAGACUUGUUAAAGUCGGCUUUCUUUUGCUUUGCCAAAAGAUUCAAUAUUGUUAACUUGUUUUAAGAGUUUGGUGAAAUAGGCACCAUGUGCCCGUGCUCCUUUGGAAGACCUGAAUUUAUUUAGGUUUUACUGAGUAUGUACACCAUGUGUAUACACAUUAUAUACUUUAUAAUUAAGAGUUGUUACUCUGUGAAUCUGUUUACUGUUCCGCUGAGGAAAAAAAAAAAUCCUGAAUUUUUGUUUGGUUUGCAAACAUCAUUAAUUUGUACAACCCACAUUGGGUUUAUUCUGUUGAAGUGUCUGUGACACUGUUUGAUUUCUGUGUUUAAACAAAUGUCCUCUUUUGAUACUGUGUAUCACUGCAUGAUGUUUCAUCAGCUAAUUGUUGAUGAAUGAACAACCUCCAUGAAUGGAUCCCAUGGAUCCACUUUUAUUGUACAUCUUAUUGUGAUUGAAGUUGAUUCUGACUUUAUAUAUCCAUUAUUUGGCUGAAAUGUGAAAUGGUUACUGUUGGACUUGCCAGCUGUUAACUAUGUUGUAAUAUGAGAUGUUCUUCCAUCCUCAAAUGAUUACCUUUUAUAAAGGUGUGUUAUAUUGACAUCAAUGUUUCUAAAAGAACCUGUUGAAUUGCUUCCUUGAGAAGUUUUCCUUUGAGCUCCAGAAAUAAAUUGAAAGCUUCAUAUGAAGUU